GGUUGGCUGCUGUGGGAACGGGAGCGCGGCUCCGUCAGAAAAAAAAAAAAAAAAAGAAAAAAGAAAAAAAAAGAAAACGAAGCAGUGAUCUCGAUGUGACAGCUCAGAGCUGUCCACGUCAACACACCGAGCGAGCACGGCGGCAGCGAUGGACUCCACGUCUCUGGAACCUUCCCUCUACACAGUGAAAGCUGUUUUCAUUCUUGACAAUGAUGGCAACAGACUUCUGUCAAAGUACUAUGACCCUGAGCUUUACCCCUCCAUGAAGGAGCAGAAGAACUUUGAGAGGAAUGUUUUCAACAAGACACACAAAGCAGACAAUGAGAUAGCUUUCCUGGAGGGGAUGACCAUUGUCUAUAAGGGCAAUAUAGAUCUCUUCUUCUAUGUGGUGGGAAGUGCUCAGGAGAAUGAGCUGAUGCUGAUGUCAGUACUGAACUGCCUAUUUGACUCCCUCAGUCAGAUCCUCAGGAAAAAUGUGGAGCGGAGGUGUUUACUGGAUAACAUGGAAGGAGUGUUCCUUGUUGUGGACGAAAUUAUUGAUGGAGGGGUGAUUCUAGAGAGUGACCCUCAGCAGGUCCUGCAGAAGGUCAGCUACAGGCUAAUGACAGAGCCAGCCUAUGGCUUUGUCCUGUUUGAUUACAUCACUGGUAACCUAGAGGGACGAACUGAAAAGGGCCAGCUGCUGUAGAGACAGUGGGCGGAUGAGAACCCAUUAUCUGAACAGAGCGUGGCCCAGGUUCUGCAGUCAGCCAAGGAGCAGAUCAAAUGGUCCAUACUGAAAUGACGAGGACCAGACACAUUUAGGAUUCUCAAGAAAAGUUCUAGAAGAAUUUCUAGUCCCAAAGCUAUUUUUAUAGUAACAGACAGGAAGAUCAUUACAACUCUGCUGGAUAGCAGGCUCCUUUAUAUAGCAAUUAACCAGUCAGAAAGGGUUUGGUUUCUCUGUGCAAUGGCAAUUUUGUUACAUUGUGUGUGACAUGUAAUUAAUUUCGUUGGUUUUAGAGUGGCAUUAGUCCAUACUCAAGUAGAGAUGUAAUUUACAUUUAACUAGCCAAACGACAGUAAGUGGCUCCAUUCAAAAGUAUCUCAGAGAUGAAAAGUAAUGAAUCCAUCUGUGCUUCUGUAUAAAGCUGGGUAGUUACCAAAUACUAAACUAAUCAAUGUAAAUGCUGGAAGCUGUUACCUUUGUUUUGGUGGAGCAGGAUCUUCCAGUUUUAUUCACUCAAAACAGGAUGUGGAUGUAGGAUUUAUUUGAGCUGUUUACAAUUUGCAUGCAACAUUUUUUAAUUACAGAGUUUUGUACAGUUUUUCUCCAAAAUGUUACACGUCCAAAUAAUUUUGGAACAAUCUUUUUAUCAACAUUUACAAAAAUGACACAAGGCUGCACCAUUUAAAUUGUUACUAUUUGUGAGUCAGUAUUUUACCUAAACAAUAAAAUCAGAUUGUCCCAGAUUAUUAAUGUGUAAUCUGGGAGAUAAGAACCAACACACUACAAGGGUGAUGUUAAAUACAAACUCAUCAUUUGUGCACUGAACUGCUCAGUUUAAUAAAGUCUGACUAUAUGUAGGCUCCUUAAAUGACAUUACUGUGUUUUGUAAAGCUUAUUUAAAGACCGUAAAUGAAUGUAAUGACACUUUGUGACACUAAACAAAUGGUGGCAGUAUGUGUAAGAGGCAAUAUGUUAGGACUUUUAUUAAAAUGCCUAUUUUCCUUGACAUGGAAUUCCCUUAUAGAGGUAAAUAAUAUCUGUACAUAUAAUUGAUUUCAUAAUCAAAAGAAUUUUAAAUAAUAUGCAGGAUUUUGUGGCCAGAAUAAUGUCUAUUUUAUUGGUAUGUCAUGAGUUGAAAGGUAGAUAUUAAAUAUUUUAGUGGAAAAAAGAAAAAACCAAAGACAGACUAAUUAUUUUGUUUACAUUGGAUGGUAUUAAAACAAGCCAAGUCAUUUUGUCUGUCAACCAUUUGUGAGACUGAUAAUAAAACUGUAUAUUUGA